AUGGGUCCUCCUCCAAACACCGCCUCGCGUCCAAGAUCAUACAUAUCUUCCAUCAUCAGCUCAAUUAUCAACAUCGCCAAAGCACUCGUCAUCAACGCCUAUAAAGCCCUCUAUGCAUCCCUAGAUGCUCUCAUCCCACCCCCCAAACGUGCAGAGAUCAGGUCCAGGCUCGCUGCCUUCGCUCGGGAGCGUCCAAUUCUCGCCUCCUUCUUAGCCUCCCAGGCCGUCUUCUGUGGAAUUCCCCUCGUCCUGUUCGUGCUACAAGCCAUAAGCGUGUUUAUUUUCGCUUUCACUACCGCUCUGGUUCUUGCUUCGCUUUGUGCCAUCACCUUUACGGCUAUAUGUACUGGGCUGGCCUUGCUUGUGCUUGUGCCCGUCCUAGCUGUCACGACCUUUGUGGGUGCUUCGGUUUGGUUCUGGGGAUGGGUAGGAUGGUGGGCUUUGGUCUCCUUUGGUAUCGUGCAGACGGAGUCUCCGUCGAAGAGAGCCAGUGCCGUGAAGGCAGAAGAGCAUAUACCUGCUGGAAGCCAGACGAGGGUCGAUGGCUUCAACGGGGUCAAGAGCCAUAAGGAUGGGUUCCCGGCUGGCAUAUCUACUUGA